AAAGUCAAUUCAAUUUCAAUUUUUUGUGAUACGGACACCACCGUGUUGGAGCCAGACGUAGUCCAAAGGCAGUAAUUGAUCAGCCAAAUCAAUGUUUCUAUGGCAACCACUCUGACCAAUCAGGGGUCAGCUUUUUGGAAGGGGUCACUAGAUCUUGUUCUCUCAUACAAUCAACGGCUCUAUCUGUAAAUGACAAAAAACAAGUUUGCUUGUUUGAACCUUAAAUUUCUUGGUAAAACUGAUUAUUUCAAAUCAUUUGAUGAUUUGAAAUUUGAACAGGAAUUUUACAGACUCAGUUUUGAUAAAAAACAAAAAAAACAAAAAACGGGGUGAAUAUAAACGAAAAUGAUGUCAGAUCAAACACAAAAUCCCAGAAGUCUUUUACUCCAUUAACUCAAGUCUAUUUUAGCGGCUAAAUCACUCAUUCUGAGGGAAUCAGGACGCGAGAAGAUGUAACCUCUGGAUCCGAACUCCGCUUCAGUGCACUGACUGUCAGCAGAAAGGAGGAGGCUCAUGGCCAAGACGGAGCGAUAAAGGAGGGGGAGGAGGUGCUGAAAGGGAGGGAUGGAGAUGCUGUAAGUGGGAGUGCUCAUUAAUUUGAAUUUAGAGAAUAUGAGGAGGAGGAGGAGUGCGGACGGCGAGGACUGAGAGGAGACGGGAUGGGAGGAGGAGGAGAGUGGACAGCGGAGAGCCGAGCAUGUAUUGAUCUGCAGCAGCCAGGAGGUCGGCACGCCUCCGAGAAGAAAGGAGAGGGCAGCUCCGCAUCUGCCAGAGGAGGAGUGAGGGGAGGGCGCUCCAGCUGAACGAGGCGCACGCCGACAAACGCCAUUCAGGCAGCAGAGAGGCGCUGCGCCAGCGAGCAUCCGCCGCCACUCUCAGCGCAGAGUUAAGUGGAGGUUUGAUGAGCGCGGUGGAUCUGGAUUCAACUGUUGAUCUCUGAAGACCAGUUCUUCUAGAACCCCAAGAGUCAUGUCGGGGAUUGGGAGAUGAGUCCCCAGCCGGAGCCAAGGGGGUUAUGAGGUUGUGGGUGGUGGGAGCUGCCACUGCCAUGUGGCGCCUCCGACCGCCUGCGCCGCCACCUCCCUUAGAGCAUGCAGGUCCUACAGAUCGUCAAGGAGCUGGUGUCGCCGUCCAGACACAGAGCUGCGGCCAGAUUUGGAGCGUCUGAUAGCGAGCAGGAUGCAGCGCUGAAACUGGACCAGGAACGGGCGGAAAUUGUGGCCAAAUAUGACAAGGGAAAAGAAGCCGUUGUGGAGCCCUGGGAGGACACCAACUACAACCUCUACAAAGUCAUCGACCGUUUUGGCUUCGUCCACCAAAAUGAACUUCCGUCCUACGACUCAUUGGAAGAGAAGCAAAAGCAUACGGAGGUGGAGAGGACCAGCAAGUGGCUGAAGAUGCUGAAAAGCUGGGACAAAUACAAGAACAGUGAGAAGCUGGUCAGGAGGAUCUACAAGGGCAUCCCCCUGCAGCUCCGAGGGGAAGUGUGGAGUCUGCUGCUCGACAUUCCCAAAAUAAAAGAGGAGAAGAAGGACUUCUACGAGAAGCUGAAGGCCAGGGCCAGAGGGAUGUCCCCUGAUGUCCGGCAGAUCGACCUGGACGUGAACAGGACCUACAGGGACCACAUCAUGUUCAUGCAUCGCUACGACGUUAAACAGCAGGCGCUGUUCCACGUCCUGACUGCAUACUCCAUGUACAACACGGAGGUGGGUUACUGUCAGGGAAUGAGUCAGAUCACAGCUCUGCUGCUCAUCUACAUGAAUGAAGAAGAUGCGUUCUGGGCUCUGGUCAAACUGCUGUCAGGACAGAAGCACUCCAUGCACGGAUUUUUUGUUCCUGGUUUCCCAAAACUGAUGCGUUUCCAGGAGCAUCACGACCGUAUCCUGAAGAAGACGAUGCCCAAGCUGAAGCAGCAUUUGGAUAACCAGGAAGUGUUCACCAGCCUGUACACCAUGAAGUGGUUCUUCCAGUGCUUCCUGGACAGAACUCCGUUCACUCUGACUCUCAGGAUUUGGGACAUCUACAUCUUAGAGGGCGAACGUCUUCUCCCUGCGAUGUCCUACACCAUCCUCAAACUGCACAAGAAACACCUGAUGAAGCUGUCCAUGGAGGAGCUGGUGGAGUUCCUGCAGGUGACUCUGUCCAAAAACUUCUACUACGAGGACGACUUUGUAAUCGAGCAGCUGCAGGCGUCCAUGACGGAGCUCAGGAAGGCAAAGCUGGAACUUCCCCCUCCAGGUAAAGAGGAAGAGUUUCCAAAGAAGCCUUUAGGGCAGCUUCCUCCUGAGCGAGCAGCACCGGCGCCAAACCAGGUGGCCAAUGGUCAAAGCCACAUGGAACCAGCUCAGCUUGCCGAAGACUCAAGUCCUCGAGUCCAGCGGGGAGAAAGUCGGCCUCCGAGCCGGCAACGCCGUGACUCGCUUGAAAGGCCAAUCCGUCAUCACAAGAUGGGCUCCUGGGGAUCGACCGAGCUGCCCAAUGAGCAACAAAAGCAGCCGGCUUCCGUCAUUCCCAAGAGAGGAGCAACUCCUUCACCAACGCCUCAGAUCACCGCAGAGGACACACGGAGGUCCCAGGACCACAUUGCCACAGCUACCACCCGCAGGGAGAUAACCCCUCGCUGGGUUAAACCGUCUGAAACAAAGCUGGAGGCUGCCAAAGCAGCAGCAGCCCAAGAACUGAAUCACAGGGUGUCACCAGCACCUUCCAACCCAGAAGACAAUGUUCAGGUUGACGGUCAGCCACGGCCCAAAGGAUUCAUCCCUGGUUCUGACAGAGGCUCCAAUGCCUCCCAGUAUGACAAUGUACCAGGGCUAACUGAGCCGGAUUUUGAGAUCCUAGAACUGGAGAGACCUCCAUCCAGAAUGAGAACCCCAUAUAUUGAACCGUCUCCUGUUGUGUCGGCUUUGCAUCACGGCAACCUCAGUCAUGGACCGAGUCUGGCUAGCAGCUUGGUUUCAGUUGCAACCGUGUCCAGAAUGCCACGAAAUGCUCCUCAGUUUUACCACAACAGUUCAGCAGAGGCGCAAGCAAGUUACCAUGGCAUCCAGAGUCAGUACCACACACCUUCCCAGCAUCAGUCUCCAGGGAGAAUCGCAACUGAGAUUCCCAUCCACCACCCUCCCUUCAACAGGGGCUUGAAUCACGGCGGGGAACAGCACUUUUCUACAGCCUCUCGGCUUCAGUCAUCUUCCAGAAUGGCUUAUGGUGAGCUAGCUUACGUGACCACCCAACGGCAGCACAACAACUCCCCUGAAAAGGCUCUCCAGAAUAACUCCUACGCCACAUACCGCAGAGCGGGCCCAUCUGACUCCACCCACAACACCAGAAACACCAGGUCACCUCUGGACAAAUCCAUGGCGGUAGAAAUCCAGGGCAGGUCAUCCCCCAUCUACAGACAACAAAUACCAGCAACAACACCGCUGUACGCUAAGGUGGACCGCAUGUACGAGGACCAACGUAGGCGAGAGGUACACCGGCCUUAUGUGCUAGACGGACGUUCCCAGCCGGCAUCAGACGGGCUCCAGUGGGAGCCCGAGGAUCCGCUUCCUCAGUCCCCAGGUGGGAUGCCCCGCUCACCCAGCUUCCAGCGAGCCCAAAUGUCUCCGGUUGAAGAGUUCACUUUUCCCACCAAUCCGGACACCCUGCCUGACUAUAGAACACAGUACCAGGAGCCGCGGCAGGUGAUCCGGCCGCAGCGCCCUCAGCUGUUUGGGCAACCACACUACAGGCACGCACAGGAGGCGUUUGCCAUGCAGGAGUCCAUGCUGCUUUGAUAGGAGGACAGACGUGAAAAACAAACUGAGUCGUAGUCGCUGACACUGUGGUCAAGACUAGCUGUAGUUUCGGCUUUGUUUCCGCCCUGUUGUUUUUUUUUUUUUAAUAAAAGUGAAGUACUAGCCUGACUGCUGCAGGACACACCAGCCUCUAAGGUUUUUACUUGUUGCUUUAAAAAGAGGAAUAUAAGAGUUGAAGAUUUGAUUUUAUUUUUGAAUGUAAAUCCUUAUCAGAGGUGACUAUAUCUUUUAGAUUCUUAAAUGUACAGUGGAUCUUUUUGUUGAUAUUCAGAGUUAUUAGUAGCAGGGAAGUUCCCCUGAGAAAGAAAAAUCAAUUUAUCUUUAUUUUUUAUAUCUUACUAUUUUAUCAUAGGGACUCAUUAACGCUUCAUGCCUGUGAAUGUUAUUUUUAAAAAGAAGAUCUGCCCAGUGACGAGUUAGAAAACAGUGUUGAAUGGGUUACUGUUCAUUUGAAUUUACAUUUGAAAGCAUCUCUGUGGUGCAAAACGCAGAUUUUGUAGUUUUCAUUUUUUAAGCACACUUUUCUGUUACGGUUUUUUGGUCCAGACUGACGUGCAAUGCAUUUUUCCUGCAAGUAAAGUAUAUUUUGUUGAAGUUGGUGAAGUUUUGAUUGAUAAAGUUUCAACCCUGAAAAAAAAAGAAUCUAACUUUUCUUGUUUGAUUUUAAAGGUGUGUGUUGAGUCGAUGGUAAAACUGCUGUAAUGUGGUUUACAUCAUCUCUAACAGAUGAUAAGAUUGAUAUAAAUUAGUUUACUGUAUUUUAAAUUUGUCUCAUUAUCAACACUGACAUGAACUACUGUUAAACUGAUGGCACUUUCACUGGUACACAUUAAAAAAACUUAAACAUUUGAGUCACACA